GGCUCAGGGAUCUACACUCACCGAACCCGUAGCGCGUCCCGUAGCGCGUUCAUUUAUCUUCUCCGCGGCCGCGCCGGCGCCGUGGGCAGACAUGUGGAGUGCACGCGGGGCGUAGGCGGACGAGGCGUCGCCAUGUGGCCGCCUCGCGAAGAGGCGAUCACGUGGACGUACCGCAUGCCUCUGGUGCAACCGGCGAUCACCAUCCUGCUGGCCGCAGUGGGCUGCGCCGGGCUGCUCCAGGCGCCGCAGGACAGGGAGGCUGCAGCCUUCGGUGAGUGGCCGGGCUGGAGGCGUUCGGUGACGCCACGGAGGGGCAGUCACACCGCGGCCACCCCAAGGAGAGCCGCGCAGGAGCAGCUCCCCACGGACGCGGAGGACUGGUCGCGCUGGUCGGACGAUCGGUACGUGGACAGCAGCGACUCGCAGCCCGCCUGGGAGAAUGAGAAGGCCAUCUGCGACGUGGUUCUCGAGGAGGACGACAGCGGCAAGCGAGUCUGUGGGCCUCAGGUCAUCAUCGGCGGAGCCAUGAAGUGCGGCACGAACACGUUGGCGAGCCCUGC